AUGCUCUUCUGCGCGGUAAUUGCUUGUGCUCGUGAUUGUUUGUGCUCGGCAAGUAUCAAUCAUGACAAAGUCCACGUUUGCGUGCCUUUUCCUGCCGUAAAUGCUGAGGGUGAGACCACCGGCGGGCUCCAGGGGUCGACAGGGAACGACGCUUGCAAAUAUGCUCCUCUUGGAUCUCAAGUCUAUGGCCGAGCUGGAUGGUACAAGGAUGUGUGGGCGAUCAUGUACGCUUGGUACUUUCCAAAGGGCUUCUUCAUGGAAUUCGCCUCGAGACGUCGUGAUUGGAAGAGCGUUGUUGUGUGGAUUAACAAUCCCGGGUUUGAGACGCCGAUGAUUGCUGGGGCCUCCAUGUCAAAGUCCGGCGCGAAAUACGCCAAGGAAACCAAAAUGCUGCAAAAGUAUUUCGUUGGCUCUGGAAGGGGUUGGGAGACUGCCAUCUCCAACACGUCUCUUCGCUUCAAAUUCAAUACAAAUAUUGGCCAUGGGAGUUUAGACUUGUCUGUUGAGAAGGGCGAGUACCAAGACUUGAUCAUGUGGGAACAACUCACCGGCGCGGCGCGUGCAGCUCUAAACGAUGGUAAGAACUUCAGAAACGCGGAGGUCCCGAUCAGUGAUGAGCACUUUGAGAAGCACCUCGAUAGCGCUUGGCCACUUUAG